UGUAAGUGAGCUGAUGAGAGACUAGCUCACUUGAAAAGAUAUGUUUCAUUUGUAUCACUCACUCAUGAGUUACCCAAGUCUAGUACUCUAGAAUUUGUGGAACCGCGGGAACAUUUGUUUUGAAAUUUUAAUCAUAAUAAAAAUGAAAUCUACAAAAAUAAGAAACAGAACAUUAUGUUACAUAUGUCGAAGACAUUUUAGCGAUAUAUUACCGAAAAGUGAAUUUAAAGUUAUAAAGCAAAAUAAAUCAGAAAUAAAAGAUAACCUCCAAAAAUCCUCUGCAGAGAAAAUAAUAAACAAACCGCAAAAUUCGAAAGAAUUUCGAGUGAAUGAUGUAAAUAUACAAAUGGUAUCGAGAAAUAUUUACGAACAGCUAUUUCAAAGACCAACUGAACCGGUCGAUCUUACUUUCAUAAAAAGUUGCCAAGAUCAUCUACAAAGACAUGGUAUAAACUUUAAAGAUAAUAGUUAUAUGGAGGAUGUGGAGAUGAAAUUGCCUAAACUUGAAGGAAAAGACAUUGUGGAGCAUUUUUACAAUAUAGGCGAGAGACAGUGUGCUCCUUACAGAGAUCUACUACAGAGUAUAUCCUCAUCGUAUCUCCCACCACUACCAAAGAAAUGGGUAAAGCAACAAGGCUGGACAAAAUACACAUCAAAUGGUCCGCAAUCCGUUGCCUAUCCACCAGACAACGCUCUGAUACUUGAUGUGGAAGUUCUUAUGAAGGCAGGCAAGAGACCAACUUUAGCUUGUGCUGUGUCUCCUGAUGCUUGGUAUGGUUGGGUAAGUAAACCACUAGCCGAUGGUGAUCCACAUCGACAUUGUGAUACCGUGGAAUAUGAUGACCUCAUACCGUUAGAAACUGAUGGCGUUAAACCUGACAGUGAUCUAGACCGACCAAGAAUAGUUAUAGGACACAAUGUUUCCUAUGAUAGGUCAAAAAUUAAAGAACAGUACUGGCUGAAUAGGACAGGUGUACGUUUCAUGGACACAAUGUCGAUGCACACAUGUGUGAGUGGAGUGACGAGCUACCAGCGGACCGUACUGAAGGCCAAAAACAAGGAGCCCGACCCCUCUGAUGGUGACUGGAUGGAGAUCAGCUCUCUAAAUAGCUUGACUGAUGUACAUAAACUAUAUUGCGGUGUACCAGUCAACAAACAGUCCAGAGAUAUCUUCGUGGAGGGCACCCUGGAAGAUGUUCACCAGAACUACCAGGAGCUGAUGAAGUACUGCGCUGGAGACGUAGUUGCGACUCACAACGUCCUCCAGAAACUACUGCCAAUGUUUCUGGAGAGGUUUCCUCACCCUGUCACCCUGGCCGGCAUGCUGGAGCUGGGUACCGCGUACCUUCCCGUAAACUCCAAUUGGUUACAAUAUAUCGAAUCGUCGGAAACGGUUUUCGAAGAUUUAAAACUAGAAUCUAGACAGAUUUUGUCAUCUAAAGCAGACGAAGCUUGCCGUUUGAUGGAAAACGAGGCGUAUAAAAACGACCUUUGGAUGUGGGACCAAGAUUGGUCGACACAGGUUUUGAAAUUGAAAAAAGUUCAAAGUAAAACGACCAAAAAGUCUGCAGUAAAUGAAACGGAACUUUUUAGUGAACAAAGAAAAAAUAUCUCCAUAAACAAUUAUAAAACAUUCGAAACCCUUAGUGACGAAUAUAUAGAGACUUUAGAAUGUAAAAAUGGAAAUGACUUUAAUAUACAAGAAGUUGAAAGUCUGAAUAAGAAAUUCGGAUAUUUGUACGAGCUAGAGAAAUUAUUGCCAGUUAAAAAGCCGUAUUUAGCCGGUUAUCCGGCUUGGUACAGGAAGUUGUGUACGAAGCCUGGCAAGGAUGACGAUUGGACACCCGGCGCUAAUAAUAUCACAACCAGUAUGCAGAUAACACCCAAACUACUACAUCUUUCUUGGGAGGGUUAUCCCAUACAUUAUAUACAGUCUGAGGGCUGGGGGUUCCUGGUGCCCUUCAGUAGGACAAGAGGCGAAAGUAAGGAUGAACCACUAGUCCCCUUAGAGAAGUUACUAGAAACCUGCCCUUUAUUGGACUUCAGGGAAAGCCAAGUCGAUGCUAACUUGCAAAUGCUUCCUACGACUGUGGAGGAAGACUUAAGUAGAAGGGCUUAUUAUGCCAGGAAAAAGAAAGAGGAACAAGCGACCGCUAACCAGUACCAUGGGCUAGGAGUUUGGUGUGGGAUUCAGAUACAGGGCUGUUGUCAUUUCCUACGGUUACCGCAUAAAGAUGGCCCUAAAUAUAAAGUGGGCAAUCCACUGGCGAAAGAUUUUUUGAACAUGUUCAGUCAGAACGUCCUUUCUGCGCAAGGGAAUGAAGCUGAAAAGGUGUUAUCCUUCGGCCGUAUGAUGUCGUACUGGCGCAACAAUAGAGAGCGAGUGAUGGGGCAACAAGUAGUAUGGUUGCCCCAACACUUGCUACCGGGGCACCUCCGGGGCUCAACACGUCGGUAUGGGGCUAUCGUACCCCAGGUGGUCGUCUGUGGGACUCUGACUAGACGAGCAUCGGAGCCAACAUGGAUGACAGCAAGUAAUGCAAAUAGCGAACGUGUGGGCUCUGAGUUAAGAGCACUAGUGCAGGCACCGCCGGGGCACAAGUUUGUAGGGGCCGAUGUUGAUUCUCAGGAGCUGUGGGUGGCGGCGCUGCUGGGGGACGGCGGCGGGCGCGCGCGGCUGUGCGGCGGCAGCGCCUUCGCGUGGGCCGUGCUGGCGGGCGACAAGCGCCGCGCCUCCGACCUGCACUCGCUGACGGCGCGGGCGGCCGGCGUGCGCCGCGACCACGCCAAGGUCAUCAACUACGCGCGCAUCUACGGAGCCGGUCAAAACUUCGCAGAACGCCUGCUGAAACAAUUUAACCCGACAAUGACGAUAUCCGAAGCGAAGAGUAAAGCGGCUAAAAUGUUCGCAACCACAAAGGGAAAGCGAGUGUAUAGAUUGAAAAAGAAAUAUAUGGAAGGUUUCGUUGAUGAGGAAUUAGGAGAUCAGCCCAUUGAGAUGUCAUCGUACCAAGCGAUGCGUCUCGCAAAACUCAGUAGUAAGAGAGUUGAAGAAAUGUUCGAGAGGCCGAAAUGGGUGGGAGGGACCGAGUCGGAAAUGUUUAACAAAUUGGAGGAAAUUGCUGACUCUGAAAAGCCAGCCACAGCAUUCCUAGAGGGUAGGCUGUCUAGAUCACUAGAACAAGCGGGAGGGCGUUGGGGAGGGACACGCCUCAAUUGGGCGGUCCAGAGCGCAGCGGCUGACUUCUUACAUCUCAUGCUGGUCAGCAUGGCUCAUCUUGCUCCGAAGGCUAGAUUCUGUUUAAGUUUCCACGAUGAAGUGCGGUACUUAGUGCCAGAUGAACACAAGUACAAAGCGGCCCUAGCUUUGCAAAUCACUAACCUUUUCACAAGAGCGUUUUGUUCACAAAAGGUUGGUAUACACGAUCUGCCUAUGUCAGUUGCUUUCUUCACAUCAGUAGAAGUAGACCAAGUCUUAAGAAAAGAAGCAAACCUUUGCUGCACUACACCAUCAAACCCUCAUGGCUUAGAAAAGGGCUACGGGAUACCUAAUGGAGAAUCAUUAACUAUAUUUGAUAUUCUAGAGAAAUGUAAAUAAACGAUAUUGUAUUGAAA